GUAUAGAUGACCCACGCUGAACUGUCCCACCAAACUCAAUGACAGGGGGGCGCUACCAUCGUUCAACUAUAUGGUUUCCAACAUGGCAAAAAUCUGAACCAGCGAUCCGGUAUUGACGGUGGCGCCCCACUGUCAAUGUCAUCGACAGGACAGUCCAGUAUUUUGGAACUAUAUUGCGGUUUAUCGCCUGCCUUGUUUUGCGUAAUCAAUCUUCAUAAUUUCAAACAAACAACUGUUUAAAUCGCCUGAAUGGUUGUGGAUACCGUAAAACAUGAGAUUGUGUUUGUUACUGUUUCUCUUUGGGGUAUCAUGGGCCAAAACUGUCGAUUUGGACUCCAAUUAUCUUCAGCCGGAGCAAAUCCACAUAUCCUUUGGAGAAAAAACAAAUGAUAUAGUGGUGACAUGGUCGACAUUCAAUGAUACAGAGUCCAGAGUUAUUUAUAGAGUCAAUGGCACGCCGCACUGGUCAAAGGUCACAGGAUUCAGCAAAGUGUUUGUGGAUGGGGGCAAGAUGAAGAGGCCGCAGUGGAUCCACCGAGCUACGCUUGCAAACCUCAAGUUCGACACUCGAUACCAGUACAUGGUGGGGUCGGCGGCGGCGCCGUCGGGGCUGCUGUCGUUCAAGACGCCGCCCGCGGGCGAGGACUGGGUGCUGCGCCUGGCGCUCUACGGAGACAUGGGCGUCAACAACUCCUUGUCGCUCCCAUUCCUGAAGAAGGACGUGGAGCAGGACAAGUACGACAUGAUCCUGCACGUGGGCGACUUCGCGUACGACAUGAACGAGCAGGAGGGCCGCGUGGGAGACGCCUUCAUGCGCAAGCUGCAGCCUGUCGCCGCGCGCCUGCCCUACAUGACCUGCCCUGGCAACCACGAGAGCGCCUACAACUUCUCCCACUAUUCCGCGCGGUUCUCGAUGCCGGGCGCGGAGGCGAACCUGUACUACAGCUUCGACGUGGGCCCCGUGCACUUCGUGUCCAUUUCUACUGAAGUUUACUACUUCACGGAGAACGGGCUCAAGCUCAUCGUCAACCAGUACGACUGGCUCAAGAGGGACCUCGCCAACGCGGCCAAGCCGGCUAACAGAGCCAAGCACCCGUGGAUCGUGGUGUUCGGGCACCGGCCGAUGUACUGCAGCAACAGCGACGACGUCGACUGCAGCCUGGAGUACACGCGCACCGGCUUCCUCGGCCUUUUCGGUUUGGAGUCUCUCCUCCAAGAGUUCGGCGUGGACCUAGCGGUGUGGGCGCACGAGCACUCCUACGAGCGCACGUGGCCGCUCUACGACAACCAGGUCUACAACGGCUCCCUCCAGGAACCCUACACCAACCCCAGGGCUCCGGUGCACCUGGUCACCGGCUCUGCGGGAUGCAGGGAGGGCACCGACGGUUUCAAAAAGCACCCGAUGCCGUGGUCGGCGUUCCGCUCGCAGGACUACGGCUACACGCGCCUCGCAGUGCUCAACCGCACGCAUAUUUAUAUCGAACAGGUGUCGGUUGAACACGCCCUCGGCAAAGAGGCGGGAGACAUCAUUGACUCCUUCUGGCUCGUGAAGGAAAAGCACCAGCGAUACCAGCCAUGGCCCUAACACCGCUGAGAACAAACACGAAGGGCUAUCUGUCAGAUAGCGUCCCUAAUGUUAUUUGGCCAUAUUUUUAGUUAACUAGACUUAUUAUUAGAUAUUAACCAACCCACUAACACUUAUUCUGAAAGAAAAAUGGGAGAGCUGUGCUAUUAAAAAAAAAAGAAAAAAUGAGAAGAAGGUAAAGGAUCUUCUUAAAUGUGAUAAUGUUACAUUGGUGGUUAGUUCUAAUUGUGUUCUCACUGUUUCAAAUCGAAUGCAUUUUAUAUUCGCACCAGUGAUAAGUAAGUGAUAUUAUUAUAUUAGAACUAAUUUAGAUCAUCUAAAUCAUGUUUAGCCUUACCAAGAUAAGUUUUGAAUCUCAUUUUUAUACACUAAAAUUUCUUAUGAUUUUAAUACGUAUGUAAUAUUCCAAAGAAAGUGAAGAUCUUUUUCUUGAUUUUACUUUGUGUACCUAGAUGUGACCAUCUGUUUAAUUACAGGUAGUCUACGGGCAUGUAAUGCAUAUUAAAAUGGUUACCGACUCA